UUGUUUGUUCCAUCGUGGCUCAAUUCACCAACAGCUAUUUUCGUCAUGACUUGGUGGCGGCGCGAUUCUUCCCUCUGGUCUCGAACACCAAUCCAUCGAUAUAUCCGUCGUACUCUCGCCGACAAUGAAACCGUCCUUCGCACAAGAUGCUUUUCUAGAUCCCAGCCACACGACACUGGUUCCGGCGACAGAGGUCCCAAUCGUCCAACACCAUCCAUUGAUAAAGACCGAAUACGAUCUAGACAAUAUGAUAGGUGGAAGUUGAUGUUGGAGACUGAUCCCUACAGAGCACUGUUCGGGGCAAGUGAGAGAAUGUUGGCGGGAAGAGGACUUGUAGAUUGGCCGUCGAUGGUCAUGCCAUCUGAUUCUUCGCCCAACAGGGAUAUAGGGCUCGAGAAAGCGGAUAAAUGCAAGAUUAGUGGCGAAAAACCUGUUUGUUACCACGCAAAGCAUGACCGUCCGAUACAUACACGUGCAUGGCCACCCACCGAAAAACACCCUCAAGCCAAUGCUAUUAGAGAUGACAACUAUAGCUGGGAGAAACUAGGAGGUGAUGAAUCGAAUUACGGUGUCGAUUCACCUUCUGACUCACGACGGCCCCGCGAGCAGUCCACAACCGCCAGGCACCCCGAAGACAUCAGACAUACUGGACGUCAGGCACACGACCCUAGUGAAGAUACUAUCGAUUCCAUGCUCGGAAACGGCAUAAAAAAAGAUGAAGUGCGGAAUCAGCAAUACCAACACAUUCAGCCAGUACGACACAGUGAGCAAUCGUACAAGACUUCUAGUACCGAUGGGAAGCUCGAGGAUUCGCGUGCCUCAAACCCUACCGCAACCAUCGCCCUUGGUACCUCCACACUAGAAAGCCGUGAUUCUGUGCCUUUGCAGACCUCGUUACAAAGAAGAGAAUCGUUCAUCAGUCUCCGAAAGUCAGGAAGACAGACGGACUCAUCUGCGGUCAGCAUGCCACCCAAAGAUGCACUCAUCGUCAAACCCGCAAACACAAACACUGCAGAAUCUUCCACGACUCAUUCGGAAGAAACGCUUGCUACCGCAUGUGAAAUACCGAGACGGACAGUGAAGAGCAUUCAUCCCUCCGCAAUUACCAAAACAGCAGAUGAAAAUAUCAAAAGCCAACCACGGGUCACCAGGGAUAUUCAUCGAUUGCUUCCCAAAGAUGACAUUGACUUCCUUACAGCAGACGCAAUUCGUUCAUCUAUGGGGCGAGUGAGAAACACCCAAGAGGAUCGUACCAAAAUGAGAGAAAGGUUGGAGAAAAAAUAUGAAGAGGGUAAACGAGAUGACAAUCAUGACGAAGAUCUGGCUCAGAAUGUGCUCAGCGAACAGUACAUACGUCGGCAGGAACGCGAUUUACUGCAACAUAGCGUAAGACAGCCGCUUUCCGAGCUAGAAAAGGCACCCGAAACAGCAGAAAGUCCGGAAAAUCAGGAAGCAACACUCCAGAUGCGUGAAGACUUGAAGAAGACACUCACUGUCGAUCCAGCAAUAAGAUUGCUGGGUAGGGAUCAGAAUUACAUGAUAACCUGGCUCGAAGCUGGGGGGCCCUUUAGCGCCCACCACAUCUCUCCAGGAUCCUUGAAGCAGCAUGGGCAGGAUAUGUCCACAGACCCUUUCUUCCAGGGUGUUCUUAGAGGAAUAAUCCAGAGUGAUCGUAGUAUGGCAAGAGUAGUACUAAACCUCCCAUUUGACUUGCCUGCGUCUGCCCCGCUCGUAAAACGCCUGCGACAAAGCACAAUUAGCUUGACGUGGAUAACUGAAAAUAUUGUCAAAAGAGGACCAACUGCAGGCUCUCAUUUACAAUCCAAGCGAAUCGAAAAAAAGGUGCUUAUCUGGAAGCACAAACUUCUGAGCUUAGAGAAGGAAUUAGAAAUGGCAUGUGAAGAUAUCGACCGCUCGGCUGCCCCCCAGCCUCUCGCAAAAGAGCGUCUUAGUGUCGACGCCGACAUACUGCAAGAUUUCGCGAGGUUGAUACGCGCUAUGAUAUUCGGUCUUCAAACUCGAAUAGACCGGCCGGGAGGGCUUCCAAUACAUCUGUUGAACAGAGUUCUCACAAGUCUCCUUGGGCUGCAGGAUAUCAUCCUCGCAAUGAUCAGACUUCUGACACAUGCGAUGACAAAAUAUGGUAUCAAUGCAAAACAGGGAUUGGAUAAGCUUCAGAAGCCUAGAAGGGAUGUGAAAAGUGGCCAGAAGCCAGUUGAAGAGCAAUUCCUUGUCAAUGAUACAAAAAAGGAUGUCAAGAAAAGAGAGAUGAAGGCCGCAGCUGAUGCUAAACUCUCUGCAGAAGUUGACAGCUUCAAAGCAGCAAUGCGAGGACUCUCGGACGAUGGAUACUCGAGAACAUCAAAGCCUGUCUCUUCUAAAUCAGCCUCUGAGCCAAGGCCAUUGACAAACAGUCUAUUUAGACCAUUCCAAUCGCAACUGGACGACCUUGGUAAGCUCAAGGCCAGCCCAUCCGUUGAAUCUGAGAUGAACAAGGGUGGCAACGAACUUGUUAAGGAAGUACAUUCCGUAUAUGAGGAGCUCUUUGGUCCCUUCGCGAUACAUCAUCGACAACUUCCGGGCGCUAAGGAGACAUCUGUGUCGAAUUCGGAAACUGAAAAUGGCAAUGAAAAGAUUUUGGAAGAUAACACGAACUCUAACGUCAUGGAGAAAGCACCGUCGAAGUCAUCUACACCACAAAAGCAACCUACGCUACAAAUGCUGAAGGAAGACGAAGUCUCGCCAAUUAUUUCAUCGCUUGCCUGUUCAUCAUCCACUACAGCUGAAAGCAUUGAUCCUUUAUCUUCAAGGAAUGAAGUGGAAGAGGUCACAACUGUCACAAGUCCGACUCCUGCAAACAUAUCAGGCCCAUCCAGUCUGCCAUCAGUCCAACCCGAGCAUCCAGAUGUCAAUACAGAACCGAUACCUGAAAGUACCGUAUCUCACAAACUCUCAUAUGUGACUUACAUGUACGACCCAACCACUGACGAGAUUAUCAUUUCCCCAACCACCUCCGCCACUAACUCAUCAUCCACCGACGACUCUACCCCUAUCAUCCCCCUACAUACCGCUCUUAGCACACUCACAGAUCCAAUCAAAUUCCUCCCACAUCUCCCUAAAUCACACACCUACGAAAUCAUAACCGUUCGUCCCACCCUGCUAGUUCUCCGCAGCACAGCUCUCGCUGAAGCUGCAGUGUUCGGCGAGGAUACAGUCCGCUUUCCCGCCACACCCGCGCCUAAUCCCGAAAUCGAGGGAAUUUCGACUAGUAGCGCGAGCGCUAACAGCGAAUGGACUCAGAAAGUCAACCCCAUAGACGGCACCACGCGGCUUUCGCCGACCGGCUUCGCAGGGCCAUCUUCAUUGGAGCUCGAGCAAGACUUUGAAGAGCGCAGAAGAGCUGCCCAACAGCAGCAGCGAACCCAAAAUCAUCAUCAGCAGGAUCAAUUUGCGCAACAAUCUUCUCAUCACGUAGGAUCAGAAAUGGAAAGAAAGCCCCCGAAGUGGGCGAGACAUAAGAUAAAAGCAAACGAAGGGAGCUCAAGUGACAUGCAGUUCCAGGCAGAAAAACCGCGGGAGGUGAGAAAAAAGGAUAGAAGUGGGUUUAGUGGCGUAGCCAGAUCCGUUGUGUGGGCUGGAGCCUGGUGCUAUAUGAUUGGUGUUCUUGCGGAGGUUCUCAAAUGACGGAGAUGAGUAACGUUCUGCCGAGUGGGUUUUGGUGAAGAUGCUGAUUACUUGUGAAUCUUUUGCUUAGAGAUUUCCCUUCUUUUUGGACUUUUGUUUAUUUCCCAGGGGCUAUCUCUUUCUGCUUGGGAUCGGAUAUCUGCUUGUCUUCUGUCCCUCCCGUCACUACCUCCACAGAGGUCAUUUAUGGUGUAUUCUGUUCAUUACCGCGUGCUUGGCAUUAUUUUUCCAGUGGUCGAUUUCAACCUCGUUCCCACCCACUCCUUCGCUCAUCUUCCCUCUAUUAGGUUUCGGAGUUAUCUUGAUUCGUCUCGGUCUGUUUGAUGCACGCCUUUUAGCUGUUUGGUCUACACGCAUGUAAAACAAUGAUAGGAUAGGUACAACUCAUCUCUUCUUUUGAAUGGAGUUGAUACAGUGAAUGGAACGUAUAUUUGGUAUAUAGCUUACGCCCUGGCUUGUCUACCAAGUUGAACAUCUUGCCGCAGCGUGGCGUUCUUACUCUCAAGCAAACUGCUGCUACCUCAAGAUUCGCAACAAUAGCUUCACGACCGGCAUCAUCGGCGCCGCCGUCUCCGUCCAGUGUGAUCCAUAUCUCAACUAGCCUUAUACUUAGACAGCGCGUCGAUGAUGCUCCACCGUGGUAGCUAGAAGGUAGCGAAUGGCAACCUCACUAAAACGGUUGGAAACAAGUGAACCCCAUGGAUAAACCCCCCUUCAUUAACGCCCUCGAACUCGCCAUCCGCCAUUUGCAUUCUCUCGACUUGGGCCUACAACGACAUCUAUCCAGACAACAUCCUAGUCACCGAAACGAGUAUGCCAAUUCUUCCCGGCUUUUGGUCUGCACGUAGAAUCGGUGCAAUAGUU